CUCCAAAGUGGAGUUUGUGAGCUUCACUCACUCUUGCAGUUUUGAAGUGAAUUUUUCAUAUUUUCUUUCAAUCGCCUUUUCACCCAAAUUACACGUCAUUUGCAAACACUAACAAUUUCAAAUUCUUCGUAUUGUCCCGCCAUUUCUAGUUCAUCGCACUACUUGAACCCUAGAAAAAUUGGGGGUGAAUUUUCCCUCUCUGUAUAGCAAUGGCAGGCGCCGGCCAGGGCAGCAUUUUGCGCUACUUCAAGAAAGGAGCCGAGGUCGAGAUAAGCAGCAACGACGAAGGAUUUCGUGGGUCCUGGUUCGCGGGCACCGUGAUUCGGGCGCCCAAAAAUGAGUCCUCCAAGGUUCUGGUCCAGUACAAGACUUUGACCGCGGACGAGGCGGGCAAGCAGCCGCUGAGGGAGCCGCUGGAUGUGGUGCAGCUGCGGCCGCCGCCGCCUCGGGAGAACCGCCCCGUCUUCAAGUUCAGCGACGAAGUGGAUGCGUACUACAACGACGGGUGGUGGGAGGGGGUGAUCACCAUGGCGUCCGAGGGGGAGGAUGAAUAUAUGGUCUUCUUCCGCGGGACGAGGGAGCAGCUGCCCUUCACGGCGUCGCAGUUGAGGCUGCACCGCGAGUGGGUUAAUGGGAAGUGGGUCCCGCCUUUGGAACCCUCCUCCUCCUCCUCCACCGACGUUAAGGCUAGCUCCUCGGUUGUCAAUCCGUCAUCAAUUGAAGCGGAAGCUAACAAGGUAGUGAUUGAAUUUAACUUUAACCCAGGAGACCUUGUGGAGUCCUGUAGUGAUGAAGAGGGUUUUGAAGGUGCUUGGUUCCCUGCAACUGUUCUCGAGAAAACAGCAGCUGGAAAAUAUCUAAUUGAGUACAAAACACUGACUAACGAUGAUGAUACAGGGUUGUUGAGAGAAGAGGUCGAUGAACUCCAUUUAAGGCCAAGCCCUCCUGAUGUUGGAGUGGUUGAUAGAUUUGAAGUUGAUGAAAAAGUUGAUGCUUUUUACAAUGAUUGUUGGUGGGUUGGUGCAAUUUCAAAAGUUCUUCAAAGAGAAAGAUACUCAGUGUACUUCGAGAACUCGGGCGACGAAUUGAAGUUUGAGCAUUCUGACUUGCGGGUGCAUCAGGAAUGGAGAAAUGGCAAAUGGCACAUUGCCUCUUAAGAAAUGCUGUAAGAAAUGAGUAACUUUGGUUGUUCUCUAGUUGUAGCGGCCUUUCUUGCUUUAGUGUAAAUGCUUUAACCCCUCAGCUCAGCUCAGCUUCAUUUUCCCUUGUAUCAUAUGUACUUGUGAUUCUGGACAAGCUUGCAUCUUUAGGAAUUUGCCUUAUUUUGUGCU